AUGACUGUUUUUCUCAAGGGUCAUAAACUAUGGAGAUAUGUGACUGGUUCAAUUCCUAAGCCAGUACCAAACCCUAAGUCCAAAGCCACAGCUGCUAAAGAGUCUUCCAAGACUGCUGUUACAACAGAUGAUUAUGAAGAACGCCUAGAGGAAUGGGAGAGUAUUCAGAGUAAGAUCUUGUCUUGGUUUACCAAUACCUAUAUUCCCUCUAUUCAUAAUCUUCUUCCUCGUCUUGAGACUGCUGAAGCUGCUUGGAAAUUUUUGGCCGAUUGCUAUAAUUGUACUAAUGAUUCAAGCUUGGAGUUCUAUAUUGAAUCAAAGUUUUAUCAAAUGCGCCAAGAGACAGGUCAGUCUAUUUUUGAUUUUUAUUCUCAGACUUCUACUAUGUGGGAACAACUCUCUGCUGCGGAUCCUCCAUUAGUGUGUUCUAAGGACAUUGAGUUCUUUGUCAAAUAUGGGGAUCGCCGUAAAUUUAUGCAUUUCAUGAUGGGUUUACGUGAGGAUUUUGAGCCUACUAGGGCUUCUCUGCUUAGCCGAUCUCCUACUCCUUCUCUUGAUGCUGCAGUCAAGGAGCUCAUUUCUGAGGAGAAUUGUUAA